AUGUCUCAACCUGAUUUAAUUUUUACACGCGCCGACAAAGGCAAUUCCACGGUAGCAAUGAAUAAAUGUGACUAUGCUCAAAAAAUGAACGAUCUUUUGAGCGGAUUAAACUCUAAAAGCAUUUUAAGAAUAACAGUGCUUGAUGAAAAUGACAACGGUCCGAAAUUUAUACGUAUGAUAAUUUUCCCGGAUCAGGGAGUGCGAGUAUCACAAGAUCCCGUUGUCAAUAUAUCUUCUGAGAAAAACGAAAUGAAGGAUGUAGAAGUUCAACCCAAUAACUUGGUGUACAGUAAUAUACGACGUUCGCCACUUUUGCUAGUGCCAGAAAACACUACUAUUGGUGUGCCGAUAAUUCGUGUUUUAGCAGACGACAAGGACGACGGAACAAAUGCUGUAAUAAUGUAUAGUCUAGGCAACGAAACAACUGAAAGCGGAACUCGUGCACGUCGCUACGACGUGACCAGCCGUCGAUACUUCCAUCUCGAUUCACGCACAGCCGAAAUAUCCGUCGCCCGUAGUCUACCGUCAGAAAAAGACAUCCAAUUAUUUGUUGUAGCAAGCGAUUCCGGUAACUUGUCGGACAAUAUUACUGUCAGGAUUCAUGUGACGGAUGCAAACGAUCAUGCUCCUGUCUUUGACAAGUCCUGGUACACUUUUGACGUAGCUGAAAGUACCUAUUCAAAUCAAGCAGUAGGUACAGUGCGAGCAAUUGAUAGUGAUUUUGGUGUAAAUGCCGAACUGAGUUACAAGCUGAUUACGAGCCACGAAGAUUCGGGUCUUAUCGGCAAUGUAUCGCGAUCAUUUGAUGUGGAUUUAUAUAAAGGAAUAAUACGAGUAAAUGGAAUUCUUGAUCGAGAAAAAAGUACGACUCAUCGUCUUCUUGUGAUAGCUUGCGAUCACGGCUCGCCGGUUUUGAGCUCAUCCGUAGAGGUGGAGAUCAACGUGUUGGACGUGAAUGACAAUGCGCCAAUGUUUCACAGUUACGACGAGCUGGAAGAAGGCGGUCGAUUGCCAGUUUAUCGAACUUCUGUUUUAAAGAAUAUUCCAAUUGGCACACAAGUGGCCAAAGUAUACGCAAAUGACAGCGAUUUUGCUGGUAAUGGAAAUGGAUUGAUCCUGUUUGACUUAAGUUAUCAAAAUCGAACAGAAAAGCAAUAUUUUGCGGUGGAUAACAAGGAGGGUAUCAUCACGACCAUCGCCAAACUUGACUAUGAAACUAAGAACGACUAUUGCUUGAUUGUCAUUGCAAGCGAUCUCGGAUCGCCAAUUAGUUUAACUUCCUCGGCUGUAGUUCGCAUUAAUGUAUUAAAUGUCAAUGACGACGACGAAGCAGAAAACAAAGUGCACAAGAUGCCAUCUUUUCAACAUCAAUAUUAUGAAGUAGAAGUUGACGAGAACGCUUCUGUACCAUUGCUAAUUGCGCAAUUAGAUCUUGCUGAUAGUUAUAAUGAUGACCAUGUAAGAUACAGUAUCGUAGCUGAUCGUUUUAACAAUAAGGAAUACUUUUCGGUCAAUCCUAAAAACGGUUCUCUCUACCUCAUGACAGAAAUCGAUCGAGAAAUUAAAGAUCGGUACGAAGUAAAAAUUAGAGUUGAUAGACUCGCCCGUGAUAUGCCAGUGAUGAUUUAUCCUAUCGUUGACGAGAGAGUAAACGGCUUAGCACCUAACGAAGUCAGGGUAAUUGUGAGAGUAAAAGAUGUGAAUGACAACUCACCCAAAUUCAAAUCAAAAGACAGACCUAUUCUCGCCGCUAUACCUACUAGUGCCCAUUACGGCUACGAAGUCGUCAAAGUAGAGGCUGAAGAUCCGGACAUAGGAAUAAAUAGUGAGAUACGCUAUCAAAUACUUCACAAGGAAGAUGCCUCACGUUUUGCAAUUGAUCCACUUAACGGUCAAGUACGAUCUGUAGCAAGUUUUGGCCGCGACGCUGGCUGCGUCUUCGGUUUCGACGUCAAAGCCACUGACAAACAAGGUGCCGAAACCGGACGUAGCAGUAUUGCCAACGUUUUUGUAUAUGUAAUAGAUGAUCAAAAGCAAGUUGUCAUGAUCAUGGGACGAAAACCUGUCGAGAUCGAGCCAGAACUCGAAAAUAUCACAAUCGUGUUGCAAAAUGUCACUGGCUUAGAUGUGCGAGUGAGAAAGCUGGAGCCUCAUAUUGAAAAGAAUCUAAUUGAUACUUUCACGGACAUUUAUCUGUAUGCAAUUGAUCUACAUCUAAAUAUUAUAAUAGACAUGGAUAUUUUGUACAGCGUCUUUAAUAGCAAAAAACCAGAUAUAAAACGCGAACUAAACAAAUAUUGUGUAUUGGAAAUCGUUGCUGCUAGCGCUCUACGUAGAAGUCACCGUUAUUUGUUGUCUACUUUUGAAGUGGGCGUCUUAGUACUUGGUUGCGUCGUCUUCGUGGGUGCUCUUGUGACCGCCUUAUGUGUUACCUGUGUUCGUCGUUACAAACGAAGACGAGACAAGGCCAUGUUUUCGACGGUUGGUCCGAUUGGAUUAGCUUUGACAGAUCCUAUUGGCACUCUGCAGAAACCACCGCUUUUUCCUUCUUUCAUCGACGAAGGAUUUCAUUACGAUCCUGAGCCUUUCUGUUCUGAGAUGUCCAGGCGUCAAAGCAUGUGCGAGCAUAGCAACUGCGUCCGUUUUCACACGUAAAUACUGUUAUAAAUAUAAUAUUACAAUGCCACCCAGGAAACACAAAAUACAACUUCUACAUAACAUGGGAGUAACAUAUAAUGUAACAGUUGUUAUACCUGAAUUCUAUUGAGAUAAUAUAAAUUUCUCUCUCUUAUUUAUGAAAUAUACCUCUGUAAUAAAAUACUUAUAUAGUUUGUUACUUACUGGCACCAACAAGAUAACAAUAAUGUAUAUUCAAUAUAACAUGUUAUAUGACAAAUUUUAUGUCUGCGUAAUGUGACAAUGUCUUACUGUAAUGUGACAAUUUAUAUAG